GGGGAUGAGGAGCAGGCAGUGAGGGCCGGCAGGGCCAUGUGACUGGCCCUAUAAAAGUAGGAGAAAGCGGGGCUGCAGAGGAGAGGCUGCCUUCGCUGCUGCCGUCCGCAUUUCCCCUCGUUUCUUGGCUUCUCCACCCGGAGGCUGUCCCUGCAGAAGAACAUCAGAAGGACCGUUGAGGCCCGUCCGGCACAGAUCCAGGAGUUGAUCGCUUUUCCCUUGCAAGUGAGUGACUGGGUGACAGCACAGUUGUGUUUUGGAAGGCUUAGAGCUCAGCCUGUGGGACCCUGGGUCCGGAGGGGACCCCGACUGGCUGCAGAGCUGAUGGAGGGCUGACGCAUGCCCUGAAAAUCCCGGCUGCGCCGCAUUUUAUCCUGUGCCAGACUCUCACCGAGCGGCCAUGCCCCGGCUCUCCGUGCCCCGGAGCCUCCUCCGCGUCUGCGUCCUGGCCAUCUGUGUGUUCAGCACUGUGGAGACGUUCACCUGUGAAGACUGCCUGCUGGACACGUGCACCCAGGAACCAAAGACCUGUGAAAGCACCGAUGGCUGCUUCACCAACAUGCAGUUCUGGAACAAGUCUGGGACUGCGUUUGUACAGUACAAGCAGAAGGGCUGUGUGCCUGGCUGCGUGCCGCUGUCUUUCUCCGCCACACUCGGGGAGCAGAGGACAUUUGAGUACAAGCACCAAUGCUGCCAAGCUGACAGAUGCAACCAGAACUUUCCGGUGUUUCAGAAGUCCUCAGUCACCAAUGGAGUUGAAUGUCCUGCCUGCUACUCCGAGAAAGAGUCUUCCUGCGUCCCGGCUCCUCUGAAAUGCACAGGGACAGAGAAAAGCUGUGUGGAGGUCACUGGCACAGGAACCAAAGAUGGUCAGACUUUCUUGGUAUUUUUUGGAAAGGGCUGUGCAACUGAAUCUGCCUGCAACCUGGAGGACGUCACUGUAAUAGGGUCAACACAAAUACGCACCUCCUGUUCCAGGGCUGUGGACGCAAGCCCCCAACAGGCGUCCACCAUCUCCUCAGUCCUGGCUGGUAUCUUCCUGCUGAAGCUCUUGCUUUAAUUGUUCAGGCAUUGGCAUGAUCCCAUAAUCCUACAGACCUGGACGUGUUG